GAGAUUGAUGCUGAGGGGUGAAUAGAUUGGCAUUGCCCAGUUUAUAUAUUGCCGUAAUUUGCUCGUUCUGGCGAGCAAAUAAACCUACCCCAUGCAGACAAAAUCUGAUGAGAAUCGACUAUUCGCGGGUCUUAGGGCGAUCGGUGCAGCAACGACCGCGGUGAGAACAUUAUUCGACCAGAAUGGAAAGGCCGCCGCGGAUGGGGUACGAUGGUGGUGGGUGCAACCACGAAGGGUGGUUAGUGCUGGGGAGUGCCGGGGGGUGCUGGGAUGGUGCUGGCGACAUGAAAUGGCUGGGUGUGGGUAGUGAGUGCGACAGUAUUGGCUGCAAUCUGCACUAAGAUCAAGCGCAUAUCGGGGGCAACAGUCCAGGAGGGCAGCGGAUAAGGGUA